GCCCGCUUCCGGCGCGAUCUCGCAAGCUCCGCGGCGAGGCGGGCGGAGAACCAGGGCCGGGGGUCGGCGGCCACGGUGCGGCAGGCCUCGCUGCUGCCCUCGGCGCCGUCGCCAUGGGCAAGAAGCACAAGAAGCAUAAGGCCGAGUGGCGCUCGUCGUACGAGGACUAUGCAGACAAGCCUUUGGAGAAGCCCCUGAAGCUGGUGCUCAAGGUCGGAGGAAGUGAAGUGACAGAGCUCUCAGGGUCCGGCCACGACUCCAGUUACUACGAUGAUAGGUCAGACCACGAGCGGGAGAGGCACAAGGAGAAGAAGAAGAAGAAAAAGAAAAAGUCGGAGAAGGAGAAGCACCUUGACGAUGAAGAAAGAAGGAAGCGAAAGGAAGAGAAGAAGCGGAAGCGGGAAAAGGAACACUGUGACACAGAGGGAGAGGCGGACGACUUUGAUCCGGGGAAGAAGGUGGAGGUGGAGCCGCCCCCCGACCGGCCUGUCCGAGCGUGCCGGACACAGCCAGCUGAAAAUGAGAGCACGCCUAUUCAGCAACUACUAGAGCAUUUCCUCCGCCAGCUCCAGAGAAAAGAUCCUCAUGGAUUUUUUGCUUUUCCUGUCACGGAUGCAAUUGCUCCUGGAUACUCAAUGAUAAUAAAACACCCGAUGGAUUUUGGCACAAUGAGAGACAAAAUUGUAGCUAAUGAAUACAAGUCAGUCACGGAAUUUAAGGCAGAUUUCAAACUGAUGUGUGAUAAUGCCAUGACGUACAACAGACCGGACACCGUGUACUACAAGUUAGCUAAGAAGAUCCUCCACGCGGGCUUUAAGAUGAUGAGCAAACAGGCAGCUCUUUUGGGCAACGAAGAUACAGCCGUCGAGGAGCCUGUUCCUGAAGUUGUGCCCGUACAAGUAGAAACUGCUAAGAAAUCCAAAAGGCCGAGUAGAGAAGUCAUCAGCUGCAUGUUCGAGCCGGAAGGAAACGCCUGCAGCCUGACCGACAGCACCGCGGAGGAGCACGUCCUGGCCUUGGUGGAGCACGCGGCCGACGAGGCCCGGGACAGGAUCAACCGGCUGGUCCCCGGUGGCAAGAUGGGCUACCUGAAGAAGAACGGGGACGGGAGCCUGCUCUACAGCGUGGUCAACACGGCCGAGCCGGACGCAGACGAGGAGGAGACGCACCCGGUGGACCUGAGCGCGCUGUCCAGCAAGCUGCUGCCCGGCUUCACCGCGCUGGGCUUCAGGGAGGAGCGGAGGAGCAGAGUCACCUUCCUGUCCGGUGCCAGCACUGCCCUGUCCACGCACAACAACUCAGUGUUCGGCGACUUGAAGUGCGACGAGGUGGAGCUGCUGUACUCGGCCUACGGAGACGAGACGGGUGUGCAGUGCGCGCUGAGCCUGCAGGAGUUUGUGAAGGAUGCCGGGAGCUACAGCAAGAAGCUGGUGGAUGACCUCCUGGACCAGAUCACGGGCGGGGACCACUCACGGAUGCUCUUCCAGCUGAGGCAGAGGAGAAGCGUUCCGACGAAGCCUCUGGAUGAAGUAAAGGCGGGGGACCCUCUCGGGGAUGGUGGCCCCGCCCUGGACUUCAUGGCCAUGAAGUCCUACUCGGACGUCUCUCUGGACAUCUCCGUGCUCGGCUGUCUGGGUAGGUUGUGCCGGGCACCUCCCGGCGAGCAGGGUGGCUCGGCCCUGCCCAUUGGCCGCACGAUGAAGACCCCCAUCCUCAGGACCCCCCAGGUGACUCCAGAUGGGGCCCGCCUUGGGAAUCGUCUGCUGGGGUCCCGCCCCCGGUUAGUGCAGUGGUGUGCUCCCUACCGUCGUCCACGUGUGCCCACUGGGCUGGCCCCGUCGGGGAAGAUGCCUCUGUGCUCCCCUCGGCUCUUGUGUGCCGACGAGGCCCUCCCAGCCCCUCGUGGCCAGUGGUUUUCAUGGUGCGUCUCCUCCCCUCCCCCUUCAGACCUGCUGGACGUACUGUGCGUCCCCUCAGUGGUCUCGCCAGGGCAGUUCCCCCAGGGGACCUGUGGCAGCCUCUGGAGACGUCUUUGGCCUCACACUUGGGACCUGGUGCUUCUGGCCUCAAGCAGACAGAGGCCAGAGGUGCUGCUGACCGCCCUGGAGCCCCAGAAGAGCCCCAGCAGGAAUGGCCUGGCCUGCGGCUGGGGGCUGGGUCCGCGCCCCGCCUGCUGUUGGAAGUGGACCUCGUCACCCCGUCGUGAAGGGUGUCAGGCAGCCUCGCUCCGUCACGCAGCCUGGCAGGCCCUGCUUCUGGUUGAAGCGCGUCAGACCCUUGGUGUUCAGCGCGGUUGUGGAUAGGACUGCGCUCCAGCCUGCCGUCUGGCUGUGUGCUGGUUUCCCAGCGGUUCAGGGGUCCCCAGGACCACCCCCAGGUGUGAUUCCUUAGGACCCCAGGACUCGGAGGGGCCUGGGGGGGGUGUUGCUGCGGGAGACCCGGCCCCAGCUGCCAGCGCCCUCCCCACGAGCCGCCGGCCAGAGCUGUGACGACCGGCACCCUCUGCCUGGCCCAGCCCCGGCCCCAGACUCCCAGCAGGAAGGCGGGGGCCCAGGACAAAGCACACCGUGGCCCAGACGGUCUGGCACGGCGCCCCCUCGGUCACUCAGGCGGUGGGAGCCAGCCAGGGGCCGGUCUGGCUUCUGACAACUGUUCUCUUUCCUCUCGCGGAGUCUAAGGCUUUCUCCACUUUACCUGGUUGUGGUAGUUUGGUUACAGCAGCCCUGGUUGGUUCUCCUUUAGGUUUAUUCUUCACGGGUUGCGUUUCGUCGUUGGGCCUGGGGGUUUGGAGCUGAAUGUGGGGAGUCUGGCUGUAGUUCUCCAGCACCCUCCUGAGCCCGACUCUGCCCACCUGCCUUUGGUCUGCUCUCUGCUUGGUUUCGGGCCGCGGCGGGCGGAGUCCUGGGGGCACUGGGCGCCCUUCUGCUGACCUGUCAGUCUCCCGGGCUCGCCGUAGCUGCCAUUCUUUUCACCCCCAGGAGCUCCACCGACUUUUCCUGCGUCGUCCCCCUCUUGCCUCCGGUCACGUGUCCUUUGCCUUUGGAACACGCGGUGCGUGUUCCUAAUCUCUGUCCCCGCAUCUCACUCGCAGGGCUGUCCCCCGGUGGGGCUGCGUGUCCCUGUUGCUCUGCCUGCAUGGGCGUGGCUGGUGGGACGCGCUGGAUUUAGUCGGCGCCUUUGCACGUGCCGGGCGCUGUUCCGAUGGUCGUUAGGCAGCUUGGAGCGUCGGGCCCUGUCUGGGUUUUUCUUAGGCCGUCUUAGGGUACAGAGCCAGGUCAGUGCAGGGCGGACGUGGUCCCACCAUUAGGCCGCGCCCUUCGGGGGGCUUGGGCCGCAGGUGACCACAGCAUGUGUGCGGCUCUUGACCCCCCAAGAGGCCACCCUCACACUGGCGCAGGGCAGGCUCAGCCAGGCGUUUGUCGUCCUUGGUGCGUGUGGUGACGUGGCUGCGGGUGGACGGGCUGGCCGGCCUCCACAUCCCAUCGUCCCGUGUGUGCAGGGAAAGUGAAGAAGGAGCUGGACCACGACGACAGCCACCUGAGCCUGGACGAGACCACGAAGCUCCUUCAGGACCUGCAGGAGGCGCAGGCAGAGCGUGGGGGCUCCCGGCCGUCCUCCAACCUCAGCUCCCUGUC